AUGACUCUAAGCUUUAUGUGUGGCAUGGAAGACCUCUUGGCCAGUGGCAGCCAGUAUGUGUGGACCCUGGCUGAGCUGGUGCUUACGAGAUGCUACACGGACGGUCUGGUUCCCUGUAGGAGGUUCCUGCAAGCCUGGUUCCAGCUUGGGGAGGUCUAUCAGAUGACAGAGGGCCGUCUGUGCCAGGUGUUGCUGCUGGAUGACAGGAAGCUGGAACUCUUGGUCCAGCCGAAGCUGUUGUCACGAGAGCUCCUGGAUUUGGUGGCUUCACAUUUUAACCUGAAAGAGAAGGAGUACUUUGGCAUUGCCUUCACCGAUGAAACGGGUCAAAACAACUGGCUGCAUCUUGACCGCAGAGUACUAGAGCAUAACUUCUGUAAAAAGAGUGGUCCAUUGGAGCUCAAAUUCCUUGUCAGGUUUUAUAUUGAGAAUGUAUCAUUCCUCAAAGAAACCAACACUGUGGAACUGUUUUUCCUGAACGCAAAAGCAUGUAUAAGCAAUGGAGUCAUUGAAGCGGAGAGCGAAAAUAUUUUCAAGUUAGCAGCUUACAUUUUGCAGGAGGCCAAAGGUGACUACGCCAGUGACGAAACCACGAGGUCCGACCUUAAGAAGCUGCCAGCGUUCCCCACUGCAGUUCUCAAGGAGCACCCAUCUCUAGCCUACUGUGAAGACAGAGUGAUCGAGCAUUACAGAAAACUGAAGGGACUCACCAGAGGAGAGGCCAUCAUACAGUAUCUGACGUUAGUGCAGUCCCUACCCACAUAUGGAGUUCAUUACUACGAAGUCAAGGACAAGCAGGGGAUCCCGUGGUGGUUGGGAGUGAGUUACAGAGGCAUCGGCCAAUACGAUCUACAGGAUAAACAGAAGCCCCGGAAGCUGUUCCGCUGGAAGCAGCUCGAGAACUUGUACUUCCGCGAGAAGAAAUUUGCAGUCGAGGUCAACGACCCUCAAAGGCGGGCAGCGACCAAACGCACAUUCGGGCAGACAGGUCUGGUCAUCCACACGUGGUAUGCCAACCAUUCUCUGAUCAAGGGCAUUUGGGCAAUGGCCAUCAGUCAGCACCAGUUCUACUUGGACAGGAAACAGAGUAAAGCUAAAUUAAGCACAACAAGAAGUCUUGGAGACAUUGCUACUGACCUGACAGACACAGGGGCCCCUCGUAUCAGUAAGCUAGCCAACAUGGAGAGAAGAGACCAGGUUAUAAUGGCCAGUACUGGCAGUUUAGUUUCAGCAGAUUCUUUAGAUUCCGAAGUUAUGGAAGAGCAAAAGAAAGAAAAGAUUUCGGAGUUAACGAAGAAAAUGAAGUCCCUUCAAGAGCUUCUAAACGAGAAAGAAGGCGAGCUGAAAACCAUCUGCCUCAGAGAGGCCGAGUUGACCGGCAAGUUACCUAAAGAGUACCCUCUGUCCGCGGGCGAGAAACCCCCCGCUAUUCGCCGACGCGUGGGGACCACGUUCAAACUGGACGACAGCUUCUCGAAUGAUGAGGAUCCUCACUUGAGAGAGCUGGAGAGUAAAUUUACUUUACAGCGAGGGAUUAUUGAGGCGAUGAAGAAGCUGGGCGGAGAUUCUGAGCUGUGCAAGACGGCAAGGAGGAAGAGAAGGAAGGAACUGGUUGAUGCCAUGAAGAAACUCCAGGAUAUCGAGAAUGAGAUAAACCAUUACAGAGCAAAGUGUGGGAAGAAUCCCACGCAAAGAGCCUCCCUCAUCAUCGCUGAUGAUUGUGACCUCAGCUCCCUCUGUGACAGCCUGGGUCUGGAGGACGAUGAGUCGCAGAUAGCUCAGAGGCCACGUUCCCGCUCCGUGCAGUAUUCCAAUCACGCGGAUCCUACAGACGGCCUCACGGUUCCUUUCAACGCGUGUAGGCGAGCCUCCUCCACGGAACAGUACCAGGACUCCAACAGAUUAAAUUAUGAAGUCCAGGAAUCGCACUACCACGGUCCCAGAGACGUCUUAUCGACCCACAGCAGCCCGUCCAGGCCCCCGUCCCGACAGCCGCGAGACGCCCGUAGCAUGCCCCCCACGCCAGUAUUGACCCGAAAUGCCUACAGCAGCAUCCAGCUAAGGUCGGAUGACGGUCCGCAGCACUUCCGACAGCGCAGCGGCAGUCUGGAAUCCCAGUCACAGCUUCUCCCAGCGGAAAACGGCCCCACGGCACCCGCUUUCCACAUAUCUCCACCCCGCCGUAGCAACAGCACGGAAGUCCUGGACGACGGUUCCUCGUACACCAGCCAGUCCAGCGCGGAGUACUACGUCCCGGGCAACCACGGAUCUCGAGCGCGGGACCGCUACAGACGGCGGAAGGGAAACAUUUACGCCAACACGGGCAGCAUGCCCAACCUGGCACAGAACAACACUCACUGCCACGGCCAGCAGCCUCAGGCGUGGAGCACGGCCUAUUACGUCACCGGAUAUCCCAGCUACAACGAGCCGGAGCCCUACGCCAACGGAUCGUACGUUUACGAGAACGAGGUGGAGGGCCACUACAACGUCAAUCCGUCCUAUCACACGCCCGCUUACCGUGGACAUGACGCUUACAGUUGCUAUGGCAACGACGAGAUGGACGGCACGUCUCACCACCCGUACGCCACUCUUAGGCAACAGCGGAGUCGGCCGCCGUCCAGGAAUGAGCACAUUCCUAAGAGCGUCCAGAAAGCCAUGGUGGUGGAGCAGCUCCGAGGCUGGUACACCCGGAACACCCAGAGACAGGCGUCCUACGACUAUGAGAGAGGUUCCCAGUACAGCAUGGGUUACAGGACAAUGCCGUCCCAGUACGGCUACAACAACCGCGCCAUGUCCUACACCACAGUUGCCACACCCAGUCAUGCGGGGAACUGGCACAGUCAGCGGCAAGUGGGUCUAUCGGAAUACGACAUGCCUUUGCCCACACAACACCACCAUCCGCACCAGCAGUACGGCUACAGCUCAGUCCAGUACAGCCACCCCUCCCACAGCAGGUCAUAUGUAGAUGUUAACCAGGUGGAUGCAUACAGCCAAAUGAAUGACAGUUUUGAUUCAGAGGACCAGACACUGUACUGGCAUGAGGACUCUAAACCAGGAACUAUUGUAUAGGAGUGACAACCUUUUGUUUUUGGCUUCUCUACUACUUUUUCAUGUGCCUUUUACUCAACCAACAAGGUUUUUUGUUUGGCUCCAAAGAAUGAAAGAAGUUGCCACAUCUAAGGAAUGUUACCUGACUGGAAUUCAUUUUUUUUAAACCCUGCUUGGUAACUUUUUCAAAAGAAAACCCAACACAUUCCUGCCAAGAGAGAGGAACUCUUCCGGAAUGGUCUGGAUCGCCAACUUUUCGAGUGCGUGUGAUGGUAGCACUUGUGUUGGGAACUGAAUUGCACUUGGACACAGUUCCUGUGGCCUUUUGAGGGUUUGUUACUGGGCCGAGAUCAUCGUGCAUUUGGGACAGUGACUCUAUAUGUCGAUGCAAUGACCCAGAACAAUCUUCAGUACUCAUGGAAGGAUUAAAAAAAGACAAAACAAUGCAGUCACUGCACAGAGAUAAACAGAAUGAAGGAGUGAGGCCUUAACUGGUUUCAGCAGGUUAAAGAGCUUCACAUGUUGUCUGUGAACGUUGUUUAUAGCUACUGAACUUUCUCAAUACCUUUUCUCUUGGGGACAACAAAAAAAGGUUGUUGGCAUUUUGUUUACAAAUGUUGUAUACACUUGCAACACCUUAAAAAGAAAAGAAAAAAAAGACAAAGUGCUCUUUUUUUGGGGUAAACACACUGUUGUGCAAAAUGCUAAUUGUGUCCCUUAGUCACUGUCUCCUCUUCCCCUCUUCAGACAAUAGCAACUGUUAUUGUUCUUACCCAUCCCCACUCUUUUAUGUGUUCAUAAAGACUGGAGUCAUUUUAAAAGACGACGCGCUGCUUUGCACUUGCUCCGAGAGACUAAGGAAACGAGACAUUAAUGUUGCUUUGCACCAGUCGUUGCAAAGUGUCGGAACUCUGAAACCCAGUAUUCUGCUAAAUUCAACCAAGUCAGUACAUAACUACAAAGUAGCCCGCCCCCCCCAUGCUACUCCUGCUUUCUCAUCAAGCUUCCUGCUUAUCUGUCAGUUAUUCUCAGCACUCAGUCUUAUCUCGCGCUCUGGUUUUUGUUGCUCUGGAAAGCGAUGCAGAUUCCCAGACAGUGAAAACGCCUAAUGCAUCUGAAAAUGCUGGAAAUACAAGCCUGGUGCUCUUUCUCUCUUUCUCCGCAGGAGAACGUUGUAUGUAUAUGUUUAUACUGUGCAUAGAAUUUUUAAUACGUCUUUGUCCGUUUUUAGAGAGAAUUCCCUUUUCUUUUUUUUUUUAAUGUUUUUGAAAAGCGUGUAAUAUAUAGUAACCGAUUUUGUUAAGCUGGUUCUUAGUAAUUUGUACCA